UACUAUAAGCAAUUUUUAACUUUCAGUAAUAAUUUAAAUUAAUGAAAUUUCAACUAACCAUUUUUAAGAGUUAAGCUAAGCAAAAUUAAAUGUAAACUGCAUUUAUUUCUGAUUUUCUGCCUUCUAGAGAAGUAAAAGAUCACAAUGUUAUCUGAGAGGAGUGCAGAUGGCCAAAAAUUGCUAUAUAUGCAACAAGCAAGAUGGGGGUGUCGAGAAAACGAAAGUUAACAUAUUCGACACAAAGACUCCAAUAUCAGAUAAAAAGGUAUCAGAACUAUUAUAUGAUAUAUCAGGAAUUGUAGUGCGAGAAAAAUGCAAAGAGCAAAAUAAUUUGUGUGCAAAAUGUUAUAAGAAAAUCCUGGAAUAUGAUUACCUACUGGCUAGACUAAAUGAAAUGAAAACUGAAACUACAAAUAAUAUAAAUCGUUCAGAAGACAUUCGAUUGAAAGAAGAUGAAAUAAAGCUAGAGAUACAAAGUGAUACAAUAAAAAAAGAAACAUCAUUUGAAAGGGAUUUGAAGAAGAAAGUUCCAUUAGUGGUUCCUGCUUCAAAAUUAAAACCUCUUCCUCCUGGUUUUAAUUUAAAAUUGAGCAAAUAUUUGACUAAAACAAGUCCGGUUAAAACAGAAAAAUUAACAACUGAAGUACAAGUGCAAAAUAAAACGACAGAAAAUAUGGCUUAUAAAGUACCACUUAUUCUACCUAAUCAGUUAACAACAUUGUUAAAUAAAAAACAACUGAGCUUUAAUGAUUUUGUUGUUGUCAAAGAAACAGAUGAAGACAAUAACGAUGAUCGCCCUAUGGAGAUUGAUGAAGAUGCAGUAAUAAUGGAAACCGAAAAUGGUAUAAUCAGUGUUAUGUCCCAUCAGAAGUUUUUGUAUGGCAAUUCUGAGUUAGCACUAGUGAUGCCUCACGGAGAUGUCUUGGAUCAUCAUCAUGAUGAUGGCCAGGAUUCGAACUCUGAUCAUAUUGAGUUGCAAGUUUCGGGUGAUGAAGAAACAGCCAAGGCUAUAAUAGCAGCAACUAAUGAACAAGGUGGAACAUUUAUAAAGGUAGGAAGCGGUGAGAUGUAUGAGGUGAAGUCAGUCGAAAGUAAGAUUAAUGACGUGAGCCAAUCGACGGAAGAUAUUUUGAGGCUGGACGAGAACAUGGUGGAAGUGGACGGUGAUAAAUUCAAAUGUCUAUUUUGUGAGAGGAUCAAUAAAAAUGUGAAUGCGGAGCCAGUGACAGGCGAUGCAGAAUGGAUGAUGCUCCAUUUAAAGACUGUACACUCGGCUCGUUUGUACUUAUGUAAUUGUGGCGCUAUUAUACGAAAAAGGGUGGAUUUUAGCGCACAUAUAGAACAACACGCGAAUUCGAAUAGUGUCAUAAGCCCAGAAACUGCGGAGAAACUGAGCAAACUUCAUGAAUGUGGAAUUUGUAAGAAGAAAUUCAGUUCUCGUCUCGUCCUAUCCGGUCACAUGAACUCUCACACGGGCGAGCGUCCGUACACGUGCGACAUAUGCGAUCGUUCCUUUGCAUCGCGGUAUACGCGUCAAGCGCAUAUGAAGACGCAUACUGACCGCCCGCGUCCUUACAUAUGCAAACAAUGCGGGAAGGCAUUUUUGACGCCCCACAAUCUACAGCAUCAUGAAAAGAUACAUUCCGGUACUAAGGACUUUGUUUGUAAAUGUUGUGGUAAAGCAUUCGGGUCCCAACAUAACCUUGAAGUGCACGGCGUGAUACACACCGGAGUUAAGCCGUUCGUGUGUACAGUCUGCGACAAAGGUUUUGCCCGUCGCGCUGAAGUCAAGGAUCAUAUGAGAAUACAUACAGGAGAGAGACCAUUUGAAUGCGAAACGUGUGGAGCGCGUUUCUCCCAGAGAUCGAAUCUACACUCUCAUAGAAGGGCGACCCAUCUUCAAGACAAGCGGCACGAAUGUCCACAUUGCCCCAAGCGAUUCAAACGACGACGAUUAUUAGAAUACCACAUAAAGUCCACUCACACGGGCGAGCGUCCGUUGCAGUGCAGCGUGUGUGACGCUACCUUUAUAUAUCCCGAACAUCACAAGAAGCAUAUGCGUAUUCAUACUGGAGAAAAACCUUUUGUAUGCGAGGUGUGCGGUAAGGGGUUCAAUUCCCGGGACAACAGAAACGUACAUAGGUUCACACAUAGUGACCGGAAACCGUACGAAUGUGUACUAUGCGGUGCCGGGUAUAUGAGAAAAAAUCAGCUUUACCAACACAUGAAUAUUACGGGACAUCUAUCGGAGUCCAUAGUUGUGAACCAACCGAGAGUCACACAGAUCGAAGAUGAGGAAUCAAAAAUCCAGUCGGUUAUCAUAAGCGGGGACGGUAAAGAUAGUAAAAUACUGGAGACGGUGUACGAAAGUGAUUUACAAGCUUUAGCCGCGGACGCCGAUAAAGUUGUGACGCAAACCGCAACUCCAAGCCAAUACAUCUUAGCUACAGGAACUAAAGCAAUGGACGAGAUACAAGAAUGUGAAACUGUGGACGAGGAUUGUACAUUUAUUUCUAUAGAAAACCUAGAACAAGCAGCUCAGAUCGACGGAACCGUCUUGGAAAACCUCACAUCUGAUCAACUUGAACAAGCUCAUUUACUAGGCGACGGUAAUAACACGCUACGUUUAAUUCAAAUACAACUUGCCGACGGGGGUUGUGGGUGGGUUGCGGUCAGUCAGUAGAUACAAUUGUUCAAGAGAAGUUAACAACGAGAUUUUUCAUGUGAAGUUUAUUGACGUCACUUGUCAAACGUCAACUGACAAAAGGAAUCGCGUAGAUACAGCGACUUAACAGAUACAGAAUAAAACAAACUAAUAAUUGAGUCCAGUUUGCAUUUAGUAUGAUUCGUUAGACGUGAGCGCAGUAUUGUUAUUAUUGUGAAUGUGUUUAAUCAAAUUAAUGAAUAAAAUAUCCAACGUCUAUGCAAUAACAAAAGAAUCAAAUGACUCAGAAACAAAAUUACGAAUUUUGAAGAGAAUUCUUCAAUCACUCAUACUGUUAUGUUUAUAUGUCUAAUAAGUAUAGGACCGCAUAAAUGUCGUAGCCCAAUUAUUACUGUAUAUACCAAUUUAUUGAAUCUUGAUCUUUAUUCUUAAAAUAAGGUUAAAGAAAAAUUUAAUUCCCGAUCGAAAAGUUAAACAUGACUGUUUCAGUCGUGCCGUUAAACAUUUAUGAAAAAG